UGGUGAGGAGUACGUGACCCCACCUUUCUUUCACGAAACUAUCACCUACCUACCUACCUACCUACCUACCUACCUACGGAGAUCAUCUUUCCCAAGUAAAAGCCGAGAUCCGUACAAGUGUGAGCACAGACAGCAUCAUGCGCUUGAUAGUCGUAACAAUUCUAACGGUAGCCUGCUUAAGUCUGGUUAGGUCUCAGAAAUCUGAGAUUUUAGCCAAAGACUUUGAAAAUCCACCCGCCCCAGUGAAGCUCGACAAGAAUUUGCGACAAGCAUUGCUUAAGGCGUUGACGGAACUGGAGGCCGAGUCCGCGGAGCAGCGAAAGGACGAUGAUCAGAAACCGUUCAUCACGACCGUCGAAAAGACCUUCAACGACGUGGUCAAGAAAAAUCUGAAUAAGAACAUCGGCGUGAUACCGAAAGCUUCCUUCUCGUUCGACAAUUUCCCGGGAGAUGAGGAGAUUCCUAACGAGGAGAAGUUGCAGAAUUCAAGUUUUCUCGAGUCGAAGAAGUAUGUUACUCCGAAUCCGUCGACUAUGGUUAUAGAAAAAGCUAGUCAUGACGACGCUAGAAGCUUCCACGUGCACAACGUGAUUCUACCGGACAAAAAUCCGUCGACUUACUUGCCGCGAAGCGAGUCCAAGAUAGAUUCCUUGGAAACGAGGAGUCUAAAGACUUCCUCGAGCUCGUCCUCGGUCAAUAGAGUCGAGAGCGUGACGCUGAAGCCGUUCACGCAGUUGUCCGAGAGCUUGACGCAAAGUGCCAGCAAUGGGAUUACGAGCGGCAAUGCGCUGGUUGCGCCGAAACCAACUGCAUCUAGUCCAACUGUUACGCCUAAAGAUAACGUCACCUUGCCGUCCUCCGGUGUUAAUAAAGAAAAAUCUCCAGUGGAAGAAGUAAAAAUCUUUGAGGCGCCUUUGGUGGCAGCCUUCACAGUACAACAGGACGAACUCGGUGUUCCAAAGAGCGUCGUGCCGAUUUACAGGCAAUCGGGUGAUGGACAGGCUCUGACUCUUCAAGAACAAUUGGAAUUUAAGCAGAAGCUAUUGGAGCAGCAGCUGGCAGAGCUACAACAGCAGCAGAUUCAGCAAACCCAGUUUCUCAUUAGGCAACGUCAGCUUUACGAGCAGCAAUUAAGACAGAAACAGCAGCAAUUCUACUUGCAAGAACAAGCUAGAAUCAAACAACUGGAGGAGCAGACCAAGAUCAAGCAACUAGAAGAGCAGCGCUUGAAGCAGCUGGAGGAACAGAAAAUUUAUCGUUUGCACCAGCAGAAUCAUUUCCCUUUGCAGAAACAACACAUUUUCCAACAGACGAAUGUAUUGCCGCUUCAACCAUCUUUGGAGCCUGCUGUUCAUCUUCAGCCAAGUGUGUCUCUGGAAGUUCCCAACGCUGCCGCGCCACCGUUAUUCCGUACAAACUAUCAGGAGCAGCUGCAAUUCCAACAGUUUCGCCAACAACCUCAGCAACCUCAACAACAACCUCAGCAACUUCAGCAACAGCAUCAGCAACCUCAGCAACGACAUCAACAGCGAUUGCACCAGAACUUCGUCUCGUUUUCUACCAACUUUCAGCCGCCCGUGGCUCCGGCCACCAGAUUCAACAGACAGGAGGCCUUCAACGCCGUUGGUAAUUUCGGCUUCAAUCUAGACAAUAAGCAAUCGCCACCGUCGAGGAACACAUUCAACUUCAUCGCGCCAACGAGAAAUCCGACUACGUUCGUUUACAAUCCUUAUACGCAGUUCAGGCAAAUCCCGACGAGAGCUCAACAGACACCUGCCAAGCAAAUUCAGCAUUUGCUCUAUCAGUCGGGAGUCGUCAGCGAGUUGGGCAACGUGCAGGGUCCAGGUGCUGAAGAUCUCAACAUCGUGUCCAAGGUGUUGGCGUUGAACGUCGGUGCAUUGCCUAACAAGAAUUAUCAAUUCGCGAGUAAUCGCGGCAAAUUAGGCAACGCGUGAGAGUAGAGGCAGACGAUCGUAAUCGAUAUAAGACUUCGACGAGUCGUGUAAAUUACUACAGGACGAUAUUAACAAGAUGAAAUUAAGCUCUCUUUCUCUCUCUCUCUCUCUCUCUCUCUCUCUCUCUCUCUCUCUCUCUCUACACCCUUCUUCCUAUCCUGCUCUUUUGUCCUCUCUCUGUCUUUAUCUUUUACAUCGAUAUUCUCUAAUUUCUCAAAAGCUAUUUUUGAUUCCGACACACGCACGCAUACACACACAUAUAUUAAGAUGCAAAUCAGUUAUAUAUAUAUAUAUAUAUAUAUAUAUAUAUAUAUAUAUAUAUAUAUAUGCACAUUCAACAGAGCGACAAUGAGGAAUGCUUAUUCAUGGCUCGCGAGAGAACGCAGGAUGACUUGGUAAGUUCAAUAGCAUACAAACCAUGACGAUAGUAACCUUGAAUAUCAUCAUCUCCGAGUGAAAUCGAAUCGAUUGCCCCCUCGGUUACCUCUCGCGAGAUUUUACUCUCCUACGUCGAUUUCAACGUCCGAUACGCGUGAGACAAGCUCACUCCGAGAGGGAAUUGAUGUAUAACGAGGGAGCUGCCGUUUCCUUAACAAGCGUAAUGAUAUUAAUUACAAUUGUAUGUGCUUUAAACAAGGACUUGUUAUUAGUGGCGCGUCCUUCCCGAGUUUGAAUUACGCAAGUUAUUCGCAUUUAGUUGCGAACACAGACACUCUGUAUAUAGUUGUGCGACUCCAGUUUCACUUCCUUGUAUCUAUCCCUUUCGUGGCAGCGCUUUCCUCUGUUCCAUUCUUGAUAGAAUAGCGUUCACGCGAUCAGGCACCGCCAACUUCAUCGACAAUCGUACAAGAACACGCUCAAUAGAAAAAAAAAAAAAACAUAAUAAAAUAUAAUCGUAAAGCGUAAGUUUAAUAACCGUAGAAAUAAGUUUAUAUUUUAACAAAGAAAAUUAGUUAUAUUUUAUAAAGAACACCUGAAGGAAAGAAGGCUUCUAACAUCAUAACAAUUGCGUUAUGUUGGAUUUGAUUAUGAUUUCAUUCGAAACUAUCGCGUAAAAUUUAAAACUCGUCCAAAUUUGUCCAAGUCUUUUAAAUUCCAUCCGCUUAAAAAUAAUUCUUUAUAUAUCUUUUAUGUCAAAUUCGUAAAAAAAAAAAAAAAACUCUACAUCUAAGAGGAUUAUUUAUACUUGAAAAUAACAUAUACAUUUAUCUACUUAUUUGACCACUUUUCAAGUUGUAUCGAAAAAUAUCAGACCCAAAAUUAAGGCAUUAAAGACCAAAACUCUACUGCUGAUUAGCAUGUUUUACGAUUUGUAUCGUAGCCUGUGUGUAUGUAUAUUGUUCGUAUUAGCCUUAACACGGAGAGCUCGCUCGGGGGAUCAGGGGUCUCGCGAAGUCGUGCAUCGCAUCGGGAUUGAAAACGUUUCUUCUACUGUAAAUAAACUUUCCCCGGGGCCAGUAUCCCUCCACACACAAUACCGGCAAAGAAGCCGCCGACGCGAGGGACACAUCUCUUGCGAGUAUAUAAGUGUAUGUCCUCAAUUUCACAAACGUUUGGCACAGAUCCGUGAUUUCACCCGCGAGGCGGGCGAAUCGACGAAUCUCGUGGGACAUUGGAUAUCUCUUCUGCUUCAUCAAAUAUGCUUGGCUAGAUUUGGAUAAUCGCAAAUAUCCUCUCAUUAGUAUUUAUUAAAGAUAUGUUAUUGUAAUUAAUUAUUUGUCAGCUUAAAUAUAUUUUCUCCUGUUUCUACGAAGCUCUGUCUCGAAAUUAAAAUCGAUGUUGGUUGCGAUGCACUCUUGGCGAGAGCGACUGUGUAAGCGAAAGUUGACAGCGAUUCUCGUCCAUAAAUGCGGGUCCUUUACGAACGCCAGCUGAAAGACUUGCGCGACUGAACAUAUAUAUAACAUUUAAAUAUAAAAUAAUAUUAAUAUAAAAUAUAAAUAUGAAGUAUUAUAUAUAUACAUAUAAUUUGUGCUUAUAAUUUAUCUGAUGCUGGAUUGUAUGAAUUCUUGUAUAAAUGUUAAUAAACUAAUUUGUUUACAAAACAAUCGUACAUUAUUUACAUAUAAUAAAUAAUCAAUCAAAUAAUCAAAUAAAUCGCAGGCUAAAAAUAUGCAAGUUUAUUUUACUGAAAAAUAUAAAUAUUAUGAAGAGAAAACUUUCAAUGAAGAUAAAAUUAUUAUAUAUACAUACAUUAUAUGUACAUAUAAUAAAUACACAUUAUUUAUGUAUGUAUUAAAAGCUUUUGAUUUUGAAAGAUUAGAGUUGUCUUAAAAUUGUAAUAGAUAAUAAAACAUUGCAUACAAUCGAUAGUCAGUAUCAAUCGAUAGUGUGUCAAAAGAUAAGCUAAUUCGCGAUAGCAUUUAUAUUAUUAUACAAUAACAAAAAUGUAUGUUUUUGUCAUUUUUGCUAUAUAAUGUGCUCUAUGAAUAGAGAUAUUACAAUAAAAAAUUCUAAUAUAAAAAUUUUAUAUAGGAAUAACGUUUAAAUUAAUUAUUUGUUAUUCUAAGAUAUAUAGAAAAUGCGAAAAAAUUUACCCUUUCCCUUGGACAUAUCUUUAUACGACAUAUGAAAAAUUGUAAUUUCUGAGGUAGCAGAGACGCGGAUUUUAUAUUAUAUUUUUCUACAGUUUUAACCGUGUUUUUUCGAUUUGUAAAUUGUAAGGUACAUAUAAAUUGAAUUAAUUCAGCGCUAUACAUGUGAUUAAUUUUAUUUUGACAAUCAGGUUAAAAGUAAUUAGUAAGUAAUUAAUAACUAAUAAUGUUCGCAGGAAUUAAAUCUAUUUUUUAUUAAUCAUAACUUUUAUCUGUCAAAAGACACGACCGAUAUAAUCAGUACUAUUGGUUUAUUUAUCAUUGCAUGCAUCAUUUAAAAACUUUGUGAUAAAAAUUGUAAACAUACAUCAAAUAAGCGACAAUUAAAGUGACACGUGACAUAAAAAAACACAAAAUUUUCACGCUAAAAUCAAAUUGCAAGAGAUAUCGUCAUUUUUCAUAUGACAUUUCGCGAAAAUAUGAUAGUAUACCUAUUACCGGGCGAUCAUAUGGCACGAAAUAUACGUGAAUAUACAUGAAAAUAUUAAUUAAUGCUAUUAAUGAUUAAAAUUCUUUCAAUAAAAAACAUGAUUAGAACUAUAGGAAAAUAUAAUUAAUUAUAAUAAAACAUAUCUAUACACAAGAAAAAAGUGUAAAGUCCCUUUUUUUAUUUCUAAAAAAUAGAUUUUCCAAAAUAUAUAUUUUUAUUUAAGAUCACAAAAUACAUAGUUGAAAAGCAAAUAUCAUUAUAUUUAAUAUAAUAAUAUAUAAUAAAAUUUGGAAUAUAUGAAUUUUAUAUACAAAUUUCUUCUAUGUGACAAUAUGUAUUAAUAAUUUGUUAUUGUAAUAAAAUGCGCAGCGUAUAUUGAUGUACUGUGUUUAUUACCCAUUUGUCAGUAUAAUCUUAUAAAUUAAUAUAUCUUUCAUUAUUUCUGAUUGUACAUGUUACAAUGAUUAAGGCAACAGUAGAAGCUAUAUUUAUAUGCAUCAGGUGUAUAUCGAUAUAAUGUUUUAUAAGCGUCUUGACUAAAUAAUAGCUGUUCUUAUGUAUAUAUUGCCGACAUUUAAAAUAAACUUAUAAAUAUGUACAUAUAAAAAAUGUGCGUAUUAAUUGAAAAAGACGAUGUUCGUUAUAAAAU